CCAAAAUAAGCUCUGUCGGCCGAGCGAGAGUUGCGUGCAAGGAGGCCCCUGUCCCUUCUAAAGAGAUGCUCAACACCCAUGGUCCCGGUUCCAUCCCGCACACAUCCCGCCUAUAUCAGCAGCUGUUUUUGCUGGACCAUCCUCCAUCCUCACCGCUCGUUUACGAAGGAGGAGCUUAGCCCAUCAUGGCUGCUCACUAUUCAGCUCCAGUCGCUCAGGACCUUUCGACUCUCGAUGUUGUGAGUGAUGAAACGCUCGUAGCUCAGCUUCGUCAGCGAUCUUCUGUAAACAAGUUCGCUGCGACAGUCGGUACAUCUACUCUUCUCAGCAUCAAUCCCUGGAAAGAUGUGGGAGAUGUCGAACCGGAACAAGGCAAACAAACACCGGACACGGAACCUGAGGUUACGGUAAACAAAUGGGCUGAAAAGGUAUGGACUUACAUGAAAAUCUCAUCAACACCGCAGUCCAUCCUUCUCCUCGGCGAGACCAACUCUGGAAAGUCGCAUAACCGACGUACCGUCGUUUCCUCCCUGUUGUUCAAGACAUGUUCCUCGCAAUCCCUCAUAACCCGCAUUGACGCUGCUCAAUUCAUCCUUGAAUCCUUUGGCCAUGCAAAGACCGUCAACUCAAUGAAUGCCUCGCGGUAUGGAUUGUACUUAGAAAUGCAGUACAACGCCAAAGCAGAGUGUACCGGCGCAAAAUUUCUGGAUUAUAAGCUGGAGAAAUCUCGUGUCCCGAAAGUCCCCAUUGCAGAGAGGAACUUUCAUGCCUUCUACUACCUCCUCUCAGGCCUGACUCCGGAAGACCUUAGUCACCUGGAGUUGGACCCGAACGCUAGAUAUCGUUACCUUGGUCACCCAAACCAACGCCAUCAAGGGCUCAUCAAUGAUGAAGAAGGGUUCCUACAUCUCAGGACCGCAAUGCGCCGAGUCGGUAUCAGCAAAGAUGACAUCGCUCAGUGCAUACAGCUCAUGGCCGCUAUCCUCCACCUCGGACAACUAGAGUUUGUCGAGCCAAACUCUGAUCAAGAAUACGCCAAAGUACGGAAUACAAACGUUUUGGCUGCGGCAAGUGCUUUUCUUGGUGUCGUACCGGAGACGCUCGAGAUGACAUUGGCAUUCAAGACGACGAUGGUGAAGCGCGAGCGAGUUACGCUUAUGCUCGAUGCCCGGGCUGCACAAGCUCAUACAGAGGAUCUGGCGCGUACACUUUACUCGCUGCUUUGGUCCUGGAUUGUAGAGAAGUUGAAUUCCAGGUUAUGUGUCGAUGAAAGUAAUAUACAGAACACCAUAUCCGUUAUCGAUUUCCCUGGAAUGCAAAAUGAUUCAGAGACAGUUAUGGACGGCCUGUUUGUCAAUAUGGCCAACGAAACCUUUCAGCGACUUAUGUUCUCGCAUUACUACGAGAAGGAUACGGAACUUUACAAAGCUGAAGGUCUUGAGGCCCCUACUGCGGCAUAUCUCGAUAACACGACUUUGCUGGACACUUUCCUUCGUCCUUCGGAUGGUGUGUUUGCCAUGCUGGAUGAGUACACGGGCAAACACUCGAAGGGGAAAACGAACAGUCAGUUCAUGCUCGCAAUGGAAAAGAGGUUUGCAUCCUCUGAUGACAUCAAGAUCUCUUCGCAAGCCGGAUAUGACUCUCGCCUAGCAUUCAUGGUCAAGCACUAUUGGGAUGAAGUCACAUAUGACUGCUCGAACCUAUUGGAAGCGAACACGGAUGUCAUCUCCGGUGAUUUGAUGACGAUCUUCCGCGGAGAGGUAAUGGCUGAGGGUGGUUCUCAGCUGGCUCCUACUAGCAACGAUUUCGUCGCGAGGUUAUUCAAGAGUGAAGCCGUGAAGAUGGAGGUACACCCGAGAAGUAAGACGACCAUCACUCAGGCGCAAUUGCCUUCCAAGCCUAUGAGACAGCCGAGUAUGGCAAGAAGAACGGCUACUGCCGCCGCAUUGGCGGAAAAGAAGAAGGACAAAGUCUCCGGUGUCGCGGGACAGUUCGCCAAUGCGUUGAGAAGUUUGAAGGAGAGCAUUGACGGUAGUCAGACGUGGUUCCUCAUUUGCCUGAAGCCGAAUGACAGGCGCCUUGCCAACCAGUUUGACUCAGGUUGUAUGUUGCUUCAAGUACAAACUUUUGGGCUCAGUGAUUUGGCACAGCAUGUGAAGGAGAACGACUACACCAUUCAUUUCUCUCAUAAAGUAUUUCUUGACAACUACGUCGACCUGGAUGCUAUGGGUAUCCAUAACCCAGGUUAUAUUUCCAACGAACGAGAUGCCUGUCUUGCAGCUGCUCGUCAGAUUGAUUGGCCCGAGAAAGACAUCUUCGUGGGCCAGAGUGAAGUCUUCCUGAGUGAUGCCGCUCUCGCGUAUCUCCUGGAGGCUAAUAAGGUGAACGAGGCGCUUGCGACUGCUCAAUUUUGGGAAGAUAAUAGGCAAGAUAUCCGCAGAGAGGAGAUCCCCGUGUCUACUCCAGACUCUGGCGAAGCGAGUUGGGCUAGCUCGUAUGUACGAGCACGAGCCCAGGUCGCAGAGGGUGUUCAAGGCUUACAAGAAAAUGCGAGGAGGAUUGGGGCGUCUCUCGUCCCUGAUCUCAAUGAUCAGAAUAGUUUGCCAGGGACGCCUUUGUCAGCUCCGUCUAGGCGGGGUUCUAAUGACAUGGAGUUGCGCCCAAUGAGUUAUCUGACUACCUCGGACUUCAAUGGAUCAACCGGCAACUUGUUCCAGCAUCUUGAGACAAGGAGUAUGCUGGAGAAAGACGCUGCAGUUCGUGCUGUGGAGGAGGAGCGAAUUACAGAAACCCACGAAGUCACUGGGGCGCGUAAGCGAUGGGUAUUCAUCGUGUACUUUCUGACUUGGUGGAUCCCCGACUUCCUGAUCCGCCAUGUUGGAAGAAUGAAGCGGAAAGAUGUGAGAAUGGCGUGGAGAGAAAAGCUCGCCAUCAACAUGCUCAUUUGGUUGCUCUUGGCCUUUUCUGUCUUUUUUAUCGUUGGCGUGAGUGAGCUUAUUUGUCCAAAGGAGUAUGUAUUCAGUCCGCAAGAGUUGAUCGGUCAUAGCAAUGACAAUAAUCCGGAUGCAGCUUAUGCUGCAAUUCGCGGUGAAGUAUUCGACCUGACCCAGUUUGCACCUGUUCAUCCCCCGAGUGGCAUUGUGCCCUCAAGUGCGGUCCUGAAAUACGCUGGUCUUGAUGCAACGAAACUGUUUCCAGUUCAGGUCUCUGCAUUAUGUCAAGGGACGACCGGCUCAGUCGAUCCAUCUGUCACGUUGGAUUUCAUUGGAGUGAACUCGACUGAUAAUAAUGCUCAUUACCACGACUUCCGAUCCUUCACAAAUGACUCGCGCCCUGACUGGUAUUGGAACUCUAUGACUUUGCUGCGACAGCAGUUCAGGACAGGUUACAUGGGUUACACGAGGCAAUAUAUCCGGAAGCAGGCGCAAAACCAACAAGCAUGGGGUAUCAUUGAUGGCAAUGUAUACGACCUGUCGUCUUAUAUUCAGGGCGGCAGACACAUCCUCGUCGCGGGCGAAGAAGCCACCCCGGAGAGCGUCGACACUAAUUUCAUGGAUCAAGAUGUCGUCAAUCUCUUCCAGCAGCGAGCGGGUGCUGACCUUACCAAGGCUCUCGCUGAACUGAAUCUUGACGCAGAUCUUCAGCUGAGAAUGCGGGUUUGUUUGCGGAACCUUUUCUUCAUUGGUAAAGUGGACAACCGUAAUUCUGCACGAUGUAUCUUUGCGAAUUACCUGGUCCUCAUUAUUUCUAUUGCCUUGAUGUCGAUCAUUGCUUUCAAAUUUUUCGCAGCUUUGCAAUUUGGAAAGACUCGAGAGCCUGAGAAGCUUGACAAAUUUGUCAUCAUGAUGAUGCCAGCCUAUACUGAAGACGAAGAGUCUCUGCGGAAGUCCAUCGACUCGCUUGCCAAGAUGAGGUAUGAAGACAAGAGGAAACUAAUGUUCAUCGUUUGCGAUGGAAAUGUCGUCGGCGCCGGCAAUACGAAACCUACUCCGCGCAUUAUCUUAGAUAUUCUUGGACAUGACCCCUCCUUCGACCCAGAGCCUUUGUCUUUCGACUCUCUUGGUGAAGGGCAGAAGCAGCACAAUAUGGGUAAGGUGUACGCUGGUCUGUACGAAGUUGCGGGACAUAUUGUACCUUACCUGGUUAUCGUGAAGGCAGGCAAGCCCAGUGAGGUUAUUCGUGCUGGUAACCGUGGUAAACGUGAUUCACAGAUGGUUCUGAUGCGCUUCCUGAACCGAGUGAAUCAAAAGGACUUACUCACGCCUCUUGAACUUGCUAUGUACCAUCAAAUUCACGAUGUUAUUGGUGUGCACCCGAGUUUGUAUGAGUAUUGUUUGAUGAUUGACGCAGAUACCAUCGUCGCACCUGAUGCUUGCACGAGGUUGGUGUCCGCAUUCAUUCAUGAUACUCGCCUGAUCGGUGCAUGUGGAGAAACGAGUUUGCAGAAUCCCAAGGAAUCCUUCACGACGAUGAUUCAGCCUUACGAAUAUUUCCUUUCUCACAACCUCGCCAAAAACUUCGAAUCUUUGUUUGGUUCGGUUACCUGCUUGCCUGGAUGUUUCUCCAUGUACAGGAUUCGCAACGAGGACAAUGAUCCGUUGUUCGUCAGCAAUGAUAUUAUUGACGCUUACUCGAACAACCGUGUUGAUACGCUUCACCUCAAGAACCUUCUUCACUUAGGUGAAGACCGUUACUUGACGACUCUUCUCAUGAAACAUCACCCGUCAUUCAAGACAAAAUUCAUUCGAGAUGCGUAUGCGAAGACAGUGGCACCGUCAGAGUGGAGUGUCUUGAUCUCGCAGAGAAGAAGAUGGAUUAAUUCGACGAUUCACAACCUCCUCGAGUUGACUGGUUUGAAGCAACUCUGUGGGUUCUGUUGUUUCUCUAUGAGGUUCAUUGUGUUCAUGGAUCUGGCGGCUACUCUCAUACAACCCGUUACUGUCGGCUACUUGGCCUACCUCAUCUACAGAAUCAUUCAAAACACCAGUUCGGUGCCCGUCUUGUCUCUUGUUCUGUUGGGUUUGGUGUACGGCCUACAAGCGCUUGUCUUCAUCUUCCGUCGCAAAUGGGAGAUGACGGGUUUCAUGAUUCUUUUCAUCUUGGCUAUUCCAAUCUACUCAGUACUACUUCCGUUGUACUCCUUCUGGCACAUGGAUGACUUCUCGUGGGGAUCAACUCGUGUCGUUAUGGGUGAAAAGGGCAGGAAGAUCGUUAUCAGCGACGAAGGUACCUUUGACCCCAACGAUAUCCCCCGAAGAACCUGGGAAGAGUAUGUGGAAAUUCUGAUGCACAGCAAGGCUGCCAAGGAAGCCAAAGAGGCGGAAGCGAGAAUGGAGAAGGGAUCCGCUGUCCAAGUCAACGUCACUGCUGUGCCCGGGCGAAACUCGGACAAGAGCGGGUCUUUCUCGAUUUCGGAACGGACGCAUACCAUCGCUCCUACAAUGUCUUCCAGCAGCGGACCAGAGGACCCUCCGCUGCCGUUCAUGUGGAACAUGAAUAAUCUGCCACGGAACUCAGUAUCGUUUCCGCGACAGAGCGCGCACCCCUCCGUCCUCUCUAAUUCAACAUCAUCCUUUGGGUCGAGCUUCCAGCCUAUCAGGUACGACACAAGGCAGCAAUCUACGAGCCUCAGUGACCAUGGACUAGAUUCCGCUCAAAGGGAGGCACUCCGGGAGUUGGAAAGGACGGCGCGUAUGGCUACUCUCAUAGAGGAUUCCGACAGAUACACGCCGUCGCAAGCGGGAUCCACGUUUUCUGGGAGUCAGCAUCUGAGUCAUCUUCGUUCCAUCCAGUCCGAUCGUUCGAGCGAGCCGAUUCUUGCAGCGUUGCCUGCUCCGGUUGCUCGUGCUCCCGGGAUUACUUUCCAGCAGAUGCCGUCCGACGACGUGAUCAUCAGUGAAAUUGGGGAGAUUCUUCGUGUUGCGGAGGCACAGGGGGAUGAGUCGUAUUCGAGCUUGACGACGAAAACGGUAAGGAGAGAGUUGGAGGCGAAGUUUGGGAUGAGUCUGAAGAACAAGAGGUAUUUGAUUCAGGAAGCGUUGGAGGCAUAUCUAUCUGGUGAUUUGUGAUGGUGUUAAAACAUGCAGUUGAGUUUGUAGCUGCCAAUGUGACGUCAGUGUCGGAUUCCCCGCACGUGAACACUGAACCCUGGAGGGUAACUUAGAAGCUUCCAAUGAGAGUCCUAAUCAGCAAUCAUAC